AGCCACUGGCUCAAGAGCAAAAACCACCAAACGGCUAUAAUUGACGUUCAGAGUGAGAGAGCGAGGGAGACAGACAGACAGGCAGUGAGAAAGACACGGAGAGAAACUUUAAUAUCGUUGGAUUUCCGGGAAUUGCUUGCCCGAAUUUCGUUUAGAAAUCUUGGCCUCCGGUUCGUGGAGGGGUCGAUCUGGGUCUCGACAAUCUCAAUUUUACUCGCACAAGAGAGAUACAGACAAGCAGAGAUUGGACAACUUGGGCCUUUUUUUCUUUUCGGUUCUUCUUCGAUAUACUGUAUAUUCUCUCUAUAAUCAUGUCAGACGGGUAUUAUAGUUCUAAGAAGACUGAUGAUAUCUGCGAAGGCGUGUGUGGCCAGGGAACUCGUGUUGCACUGAUUAUGUCAAGAUCUCGAUGUAUUUUUCUGAGGACCUAUGUGUUUUUGUUUGUGGUUGUCCCAAUAUGCAUCUUUGGUGUAUAUUUGCAUGGGCAGAAGAUUUCUUAUUUCCUGAGACCAAUAUGGGAAUCACCCCCAAAGUCCUUCCACGAUGUCCCUCACUAUUAUAAUGAGAAUGUAUCGAUGGCAACUCUUUGCAAACUUCACGGGUGGGGACUUCGCGAAUCUCCAAGACGAGUCUAUGAUGCAGUUCUUUUCAGUAAUGAGCUUGACAUCCUUACAAUUCGAUGGAAUGAAUUGUAUCCAUAUGUGACACAGUUUGUUCUUCUCGAAUCAAACUCAACAUUCACAGGUUUGUCUAAAGAAUUGCUUUUUGCGGAGAACCGUGACCAGUUCAAGUUUAUUGAACCUCGGCUGACUUAUGGGAAGAUUGGAGGAAGAUUUAAGAAAGGCGAAAAUCCAUUUGUUGAAGAGGCAUAUCAGAGAUUAGCACUGGACAAUCUUUUGAAAAUUGCAGGCAUUGAAGAUGACGAUUUGUUGAUAAUGUCUGAUGUUGAUGAGAUUCCAAGUGCCCACACAAUUAAUCUCUUGAGGUGGUGUGAUGAAAUUCCACAUAUCCUUCACCUUCGACUCAAGAACUACCUAUAUUCAUUCGAAUUUCUUGUAGACAACAAAAGCUGGAGAGCUUCUGUCCAUAGGUACAAGACAGGAAAGACUAAAUAUGCACAUUUUCGACAAACUGAUAACAUCUUGUCAGAUGCUGGGUGGCAUUGUAGCUUUUGCUUCCGCCGCAUCAGUGAAUUUGUAUUUAAGAUGAGGGCUUACAGUCAUUAUGAUCGGGUCAGGUUUUCUCAUUUCUUGAACUCCGAAAGGAUUCAGGACAUAAUAUGCAAAGGGUCUGACCUGUUUGACAUGAUUCCUGAGGAGUACACAUUUAAGGAAAUAAUUGGGAAGAUGGGACCUAUUCCUCAUUCUUAUUCAGCAGUCCAUCUUCCAUCAUAUCUGUUGAACAAUGCUGAGAAGUACAAAUACCUGUUGCCUGGUAACUGCCAAAGAGAAAGUGGCUAAGUCUUGAAAAUUGAGGUUCUCCUUUGUAAAGACCGGAGAUACAGAUUGUGCAUUGUACGGACCGAAUAGGCCUCAAUUCAACAAUUUAUGGUUUUGGCGAGACAGCAACACACGUAUACAUUAUAUCUAACAAAGUAGGUCAGUGUCUACAGAGAUGAAAGGAAGAACUUGUUGGGUCCUCGGGAUUUGAAGGGGAAACUCUCACUACCCUCUUUUGUUUUUUUUGUUCUUUCUUUUCUUUUAUGGGACUUGGCUUUCUUCCAACUCCAAGUAGGACGCUUUCUGUGAGGAGAAUAUCUCUAUGGUUAUGGCAGGCUUAAGUACCAUUUGUCUCUAUGGCACGAUCACCAUAUUACUAAGAGCAGAAUGACAUUUCCCUGGCUUUCCUAUGCUAGGAAUUCAGCUUUCUUAGACUCGUAUGUUCUUAUAGCUUGGGUUAUCUGUUAACUCCUUGAGUUAUACCAUCUGAUUACUGUUUGAUAUUCAGUUGAUCAUAGUGCCAAUUUAUUCUUUUUCCA